AGGCGGUGGCUGGGAGCCAUGAAGGUUUCCGCGGGCCCCGCCGCCGCCGCGGCGUUGCUGGAGGAGGCCGCGGAUCUGCUCGUGGUGCACGUGGACUUCGCGGCCUCUCUGGACGCCUGCGAGCGUGGCUGCGACCUCCUGGCCGGGCGCCCCGGCUCAGAAGAAGUGAAAUGUUCCCUGUGCAUUGUGGGGAUCCAGGCCCUGUCAGAGAUGAACCGGUGGAGAGAAGUACUUUCUUGGGUCCUGCGGUAUUACCACACCCCUGAACAUCUGCCUCCAAAAAUCUUGGAGCUGUGUAUCCUUUUAUAUAGCAGAGUGAGGGAGCCCCAUGUGAUGUUGGAAGUUGGCAAUGACUGGUUAAGGGAUCUAACCAACAAAAGCCUUCCUUCAUAUGGCACCGUGAUGGAGCUUUAUUUGUUGCAUGUGCUGCUGCCUCUUGGACAGUUUGCAGAAGCAGAGGAACUGGCACAGAGCUGUGAAGUUUUUGACAAGGAGCAACAACUCUUGACUCUCAGUACCAUUCAUGAGAGGAGGCAUCAGUGGGUACACCACGAAGAGAUGCAGUCAACUCCCAGAGAGCAGCCUGUCACAGUGAGGGAGAGGGCAUUGGGCUCUCUACCUGAAAAGUUCUUGACCAUGCUGAAACUUCUACAUAGAGUACUGAGGUUCAUGUCAAGCCACUUCUGUUUUAUCUCUUACAAAAAGAUGCUAUUAGCUGCUUUUAUACUAUACCUUGUUGUGGUGAGACUCGACCCAGCUGCUCCCACAUCCCUGCCUUUCCUUUACAAGCUGAUCCAGCUUUUCCAUCAGGCCUGGGCAGCUGUGUUUUCUCCACCCCACAAGCCUCGAGUUCAAGACUAAGUGGUUUUCUCAUUUGAAGCAAGUCUUUUUGACUCCUUUAAUAUGCAAGUGACAGCUUGUCAUAAGGAUUGUAUCAGGUUCUUCCCUAAGACCAGUGUACUUGUUAAAAUGACCCCAUAUGGGAUUCAGCGCAAAUCAUUUUUCUCUUUUCAAGGUAGGGACCUGGUUCAGUGCUGUGGAGGUUGAAACGUCUUUAGUUACUGGUCUCCCUUGUCAGGCUCUGGGGCAUGGUUCUCUGUAUGGAGAAAUGGGCAUAAGGGGUUUUAGCUCCUAUCAUAAUCUAAACCUUCCUUAGACGACUGUUAAAAUGAUUUGAUUUUGAACAGCUCUGAAAUGAGAGUUGUGUGGCCAACUGCAGUGACAGCCAUUUUGGGAGGAUGUGCCAUCUUUGCAGUUGUGUUUGAGAUUGUCUGUCUGAGUAGUGGGAGUGGAAUUCCAGAGGGCACGCAUGUAAAAGAUGUCACAGUACCGGGUCUGUACUGAACAGUGGGAAUCAAACAGCUAUCCUGCCUGGGGACCCUUUCAGAACCCAGUUUUUGCAGCAUUAAGAUGUAAGCCACUUCUGCAAACAUGAUGAAACACUGGGGCCUGAAAACAAGAGUCCAUCAUUUACGGGGACCAGAGUUUUCUCUUGUGAUUCUGAUGCUUAGCACAGGCAUUCUGGAUUUAACAAUCACAUUUAAGCAGAUACAUUGAGGUGAUGGGUCACCCAGGUCAUUCUCUCCCCUGUCCAGGAACACUGGGCUCAGCAUAAGACAUUAGAAAAUUUCUUGCCUAUUAGCUAAUUGUCAAUAAUAAUGCUCAGGAUUGGACGAACAAUGUAUGUGGUUGGUGAGAGGCAACCACGCUGUACUUGUUUUUAUAAAAAUGCUCUAUAUUUAUUAUUGUCAUAUCUGUUGGGAAAUAAGAACUUGCUAAAUUGCUUAAGUUCCCUCCCCUUUUCACUGCAUUUCUUUCUUAAGUGUCUUCUGUAAUAGUAUUUACUUAGACCAUCCAACAAAAAUUUUAAAACCUACCCUGGUUAGGAGUAACCAUCCAGUAGCAAUAUUGUACUCUGUUUACAAUUAAAUUAAUAGACAACAGAAUACAGCUUCUUCUCUCCUCCCCUCCCCCCUCCAACCCAUGCUUUCCCAAUGCUGUAACAAAUAGUUUGCAGUCUUUGCACACUGUUCUGAUAAUCAGCAGAUUAAUGCUACUUUGGGGGGGGCAAGCAAACAGGAGUCAAAGGGUCCUCAUGGAGAACACUCUGCCAACAGUUCCCUUAUGUCUUCUGAGAGGGCUGUAGAUCAGGUGUCUUAGCUGACUGCUGCUGCUAACAUUACAUAAAGGAAAAUAAAUGUUGAGGCAGAUUCCAAUCCACUCUCCAAACUCCUCUUCCUACUGGAAAAUCACUGCAGAAUCUGGCACAGUGUCCUGCGACCACAGUCCCCUCUAUACAUUGUGUAUUUCUGUCUGCCUCUUACAAUGUCCAUGUCAGGUAGUAACUAUUUCUAGUCUCUCAAAAUGGCAGUGGCACAGAGCUGCAUGUUUUGUUAGCUGUCCCAACCCUGUUGAGUCUGAGCCUUCACUGCUAAAGAAAGGUGAAGGUAUGCAUGUCUGUUUUUAUCGUAAGAUAAAAUCAUA